CGUGACAGUGACGCCGGCAGGUCACAUGUGCGUGACGUCACGGGGGAACUAAUCGGCACUGGGAACUAGCCGCAACCUUAGCUCCUGAACCAUUUGACGGAGAGUUUUGAGGGGGGAAAGAGAGGCCUGAAGAAGAUCCGGUUGGUGUUGGGGUAGACGGAAAGGAUUCCUAUUACUAGAAGCGUUUGUUUCCCAUCCCCACCGAGGCCUGUGAGACGUUCCGUCAGUCAGCGACACAUUCACGGUCUGCAGCUUUCCCUCCUUCCAUGUCCGCGCCGCAGCAUGGCUGGUGAGCUCCGCCCGUGGGAGCCAGCGCAUUCCCCUCCACUGCCUGUGCAGGGCCCAGACCCCGGAGCUGUGUGAAGUCCAGUCACAAGAGCUGUCACCCCUCCUCCCUCAGACUAUGUCCUCCGCGCCCGGCAGCAACAGCCUGCUCCCCCCUCGCCCCACUAAUGGCUCCAGCUUUGACACUUCAGUCGGGGGGCGCCUGGUGCCCGGGGAGGAAACAGAAGAGCAGCCUGAAGAAUUCCGCCGCCGGCGUCACACUAUGGAUAAGGACAAGGCAGAGCAUCGCUUUUUCCGCCGCAGCGUCAUCUGCGAUUCUAACGCUACAGCCCUGGAGCUGCCGUCCAACCAGAGCAUCCUGGGCUCCCCUCCCGAGUCUGAGACCGGCCUGCAAGUGCUUGUAGCCUGGGAGAGCUCUCUAGUGGCCCCGCCGGCUCCUACAGCCCAGCCAGUGAGAGAGCCCGCAAAGGAAGUCCGCCCUGAUAGCGCUGAGCCGCCCCCGCGGAACACAGAGGCGCAGCAGCAAGCGCGGAAGUCUGGAUCCGCGGAGGAGGAGCAAGAGAAAGUCCCCAAGCCCCCCAGCGAGCAGCCCGAGGAAGAGAACAUCAGGACAUUACAGGAGAUACUCGCGGAUGAGAACGAGGAGCUGGAGACCAAGGCCGUGGGCUUCUCCCCGGAUGGCAGGUUUCUAAAGUUCGACGUUGAGAUCGGAAGAGGAUCUUUUAAAACGGUUUAUAAAGGGCUAGAUACAGAGACUACUGUGGAGGUGGCCUGGUGUGAACUUCAGGACCGCAAGCUUUCCAAGUCCGAACGCCAGAGAUUUAAAGAAGAAGCUGGAAUGCUUAAAGGGUUGCAGCACCCAAACAUCGUCCGCUUCUACGAUUCUUGGGAGUCGACGCUAAAGGGAAAGAAGUGCAUAGUCCUGGUGACGGAGCUGAUGACCUCGGGGACUCUGAAAACGUAUCUAAAGAGGUUCAAAGUCAUGAAGCUCAAGGUUCUCCGAAGCUGGUGCCGGCAGAUCUUGAAAGGAUUACAGUUCCUGCACACUCGCACCCCUCCCAUCAUCCACCGGGAUCUCAAAUGUGACAACAUUUUCAUCACUGGCCCGACUGGCUCAGUGAAAAUCGGAGACCUGGGUCUGGCCACUCUGAAGAGAGCCUCGUUUGCCAAAAGUGUCAUAGGUACCCCUGAAUUCAUGGCCCCAGAGAUGUACGAAGAGAAAUACGAUGAGUCCGUUGACGUGUAUGCUUUUGGGAUGUGCAUGCUUGAGAUGGCGACUUCUGAAUACCCUUACUCCGAAUGCCAAAAUGCUGCGCAGAUCUACCGGCGAGUCACCAGUGGUGUGAAGCCUGCCAGCUUUGAUAAAGUUGCAAUACCGGAGGUGAAAGAAAUCAUCGAAGGAUGCAUUCGCCAAAAUAAGGACGAAAGAUAUGCCAUUAAGGACCUUCUGAACCAUGCCUUUUUCCAAGAAGAAACUGGGGUUCGCGUGGAACUGGCAGAGGAAGAUGACGGGGAAAAGAUUGCUAUCAAGCUUUGGCUGCGUAUUGAGGAUAUCAAGAAGCUCAAGGGCAAAUACAAGGAUAAUGAGGCCAUUGAGUUCUCUUUUGACCUGCAGAGAGAUCUUCCGGAUGAUGUGGCACAGGAAAUGGUGGAAGCGGGUUAUGUCUGUGAAGGAGACCACAAGACAAUGGCAAAGGCAAUCAAAGACCGGGUGUCCCUGAUCAAACGCAAGAGGGAACAGCGGCAACAAGUGCGGGAAGAACAGGAGAAGAGGAAACAGGAGGAGAUUAGCCAACAGCAACAACAACAAGCUGAGCUUCAGCCACAGAGUCCUCCUCAAGGUCCAGUCAAACCAUCAGCUGGCACAGUUACCUCUGGCACACAAGUGGAACCCGAGGAGCCAGAAGCCGAUCAGCAUCUCCAGUACCAGCAGCCAAGCAUAUCAGUCACAUCUGAUGGUACACUUGACAGUGGUCAGGGAUCAUCAAUGUAUUCUGAGUCGCAUGCAGGAAGCCAGCAGACAGUCUCCUUUGGUUCUCAGCCUGAUCCAGGCCUCACUCCCAGCAUGGUGCCUGGCUACAGCACUCCAACUAUCCAACCUCCUGCCCAGCAUGGUGGAUACACAGCGUCUGUGGGGCCGCAGUCCAUGGCACAUUCAGCACUCCCAGACUCUCCGCUUUUUUUCCCGACCAUUCAUGAACGCCCCAUGUCUUUCUCUCCACCACCUACCGGCUUGUCCCCAAAGGUGCCUGCAGCGCAGCGACGCAAGAGCACCUCUUUCUUGGAGUCCCAAGGCCGACAUGGGCUAUCCCAGAUUAGGACACUUGGGCAACUGCCAACUGAUGAGACCCAAUGCUGGAGGGCAGAAGAUAUGGCAUCUCUAGGUAAAGCAUCUGUCCGAACAGCUUCCGAGGCUGCUCACAAGCAUCAAACCUACGACGGACUGGUGUUUCCUGACUCAAGACAUGCUCCAGUAAUUCCAAAUGAAGCUCACCUAAGGCCUGGGGAAGCAGUAUAUCUAGCCAGUGUGCCCCCACAGGAGACCUACAACAGCAUGGCUGCACCCGAGCAUAUGGAGGGCCACAAGCUGACCCAGCUCAGCUCAUUUUAUGAUUAUCAAACUGGGCAAACCUAUAUAGCAAGGCCCCUGCAGAGCCUAAGACUUGAAACUGGUGUAAAUCAGCCAUCAGCUUUGGGUAGCGUAUCAGCCCCAGUCUCCUCAGACUCACAUGUCCUGUUUCACCAGGUGUUUGUGCCCCAGUCUGCUCCUCCAGUGCUUACUCAAAGCAGCGAAGGCCAUCCGGGGUGUGUGUUUGAGUUCCACAUGCAUGCAUCUGGCUCGGUUCCCGGUGAAGCCACAGUUUACUUGCCACACAGAGUUUACCGUCCCCGUCGCAGCUCUAUGGACUUUAAUCCAGAAGAACUGCCCCAGGGUUCUACACUGCAGGGCCGCCUCCAAACUGUCACUGAAGAGCAGUACAGCCACAAUGGACCGGAGCAACUGCCACCUUUUAUAGGAAUCAUCACAUGCAACCGUCCUGAGAGCAGUCCUGACUAUUCCAGCGACUCUUCCCAAAGGAACUCCUCUGACCUGGAUUAUCUCUCUCCUCCUCUUGCCGCUGCCUUCAGCUCCGAUAUCUCUAUGACUUCUAAGCAGAAAAUCUUGCAGGAUCCGCAGAUUUUCUAUUGCGUCCCACCGUCUGGAACUACUUCUUAUACUGGACCUCCAGCUUUGUACAGUCAACAGCCACAAAUAUCAUCUGGACAACCACCCACCACCUCCAUGGGAAUCAGCGCUCAGCCUGUUCCCAACACUCAGCAUGCGGUGCAUCAUCAGCCUUCUCUGCAUCCGACCUCACAGUACCAAGUGCAGCAGCCACUGCCCACUGUGGUAUCGAGUAUGGUAGCCACGUUGCAGCCGGUGAUUACCCAAACGCAAGCUGCUCUGCCGGGCACGCAGCUCCCUGUCUCCCAGCCUUUGCCUGCUGCUCAAGGAGAACCUCAGAUUCCUGUUCCAUCAGUUCCUGCUCCCCAACCUGUUCCAACAGUUCCAGCCUCUCUUCCACCUCAUUACCUCCCCUUGGCACAACCUUUGGUUACAGUCCCAGUCAUUCCUCCAUAUGCUGCCCCACAGUUGCCUUUAACUAUACCACCCCAAAUGGUGCAACCAGGAUUCCCUUCUCUCCCCAUCGCUGUAACCCCAAGUAUUGGACAGACUCUACCAGGAAUACCCCCAUCCUUAGGAGCUCCAGUUUUACCACCGGGGCAGGCAGUGUUAUUUCCCUCUCACAUCCCUACUGUAGCUCUCCGGCCUUUGGCUCCAAUCCCAACACAUCCUCCAACUCAGCCUCUUGGAUUACCUGCCACUCUGGGAAAAGCAGCUGAGCCCUUGGUUCCUCCAGGAGAGACUUCUUACCAGAUUUUUCAGCCUACUUACCCUUUGAUCCCUGCUGAUGUAAGCUUGGCUCCUUCUGUUGCCGUCCCCCCAGCAAUUGUAUCUCCCCCCAAUUGUGCUGAAAGCUUGACCCAACCCGGCUUCCAUACCGGCCUACCCCAGCCUUAUCCUGAGAGCAGCAAUUUGUUUCCCCAUGGAGGGCCAGCUCUUCAGCCCACUGUUCCCAUUACCCAGCCGGUGCCUGGAGGAACCCAGACGCAACCUUUCAUUGAGGGUUCACAGGGUUCAGGGUCCCUGGCAAUUUCCCAAGACACCCAGUCAUCUCCUCAAUCAACGCAAACUGCCUCCUCCAUGGACAGUGCACAUUCAGAUGUGGCAUCAGGACUGAGUGAUGGAAAUGAGGGCAGCACUGCCUCUGGCGGGAGACACGAAGGCCGAACCACUAAACGCCACUACAGGAAAUCUGUGAGAAGCCGCUCUAGGCACGAGAAAAUUGCCCGCCCCAAACUUCGAAUCCUUAAUGUUUCCAACAAAGGGGAUCGUGUUGUCGAGUGUCAGCUGGAGACUCAUAACCGCAAGAUGGUCACCUUCAAAUUCGACUUGGAUGGAGACAAUCCUGAAGAGAUUGCGACUAUAAUGGUGCAGAAUGUGUUUAUUUUAGCCACAGAGAGGGAAUCCUUUGUAGAGCAGGUGAAAGAUAUCAUAGAUAAGGCCGAUGAGAUGUUGAGUGAAGAUGUGAGUGUGGAGCCAGAAGGAGAACAGGGGGCGGAAAGUAUGCAACUCAAGGGUGAUGCCUAUUACCCAGAAUCACAGAAGAUGAAUUCUGAAUUUAGAAUACCAGAUCCUGUGUAUUGCUUACCACAGACGGCGGGUCUUGUUCCCAUCGCUGUCACACAAGUGGUUCAUUCCGCUGGUAGACGGUUUAUUGUGAGCCCGGUUCCUGAAAGCCGUCUGAAAGAUCAGUCGUUCUUCAGUGCUUCAUCACAGGACCCUCAGCUACCAGUGUCUGUUGCACAUGGUCCAGGGAUGAAUCUGUCUCAUUCUGCCUCCUCCGUGAGCCUGCAACAAGCCUUUGCAGAGAUGCGUCACUCACAGAUGACCGAAGGUCCCAGCACAGCUCCUCCCAUUUUUAACCAAACUGGACCCCCAUUUCCACCAUCCAUGACUAGUCUGUUGGCAACUCUGCCUACUAAUGCAAUGCCUAUCUUCCAGGCAGCCCCAGCAAUCCCCAGUAACUUACCUUCUGCUGUGCCUCCAACGGUAGAGGUGAAUGUACCUCAGGCUCCUGAAAGGGUGCAUGCUGGGAUGGCUCCAACUAGCAUUGCACCAAGCACCUUGUCCCCUCCACUAAUUGCAGUAUCCAACCAGCUCCCAGAGGUGAUACCGGGAGUAUCUGUAUCAGCCAUCGCAUCACUUCCUGCGACAUCACUUCCUUCUAUGCCCAUAGUGGGUGGAGUUCCUAUGGGCGCUGCAAUCCUGCCCUCAACACAGAUACUCGGCUCUGUCAGUACAAUGGGCACUAUGCCACCAUCUGUAACAUCUCCUCCAAUGCAACAGGCUAAUGUUGCUGGGAGCCUGCCUCACACAUCAGUCUCCGCUCCUCUUAUUCUUAGCAAUUUUGCUCCAUCUCAGGUCCCGCUUUGCAGCAGUAGCUCUGUCCCAAGCUUUGUAGAAAGUGUGGCGGUCAGCUCCGCACUGGAUAGCAGCAGAAUGGUGGCAGAAGUCGACACGGUAAUGAGCACAAGUGGCUUCUCUCUGCCCAUCUCUGCACCUCUGACAUACGCUGGGGUUGCAGCCUCAGGCAUUGCAGGAGCUGGAGGGCAACCUGGGGUGCAUCCCCCUCAUCUCCCACAGGGUGUGGCUACAACUCCAGUUGUAUCCCAGACACCUCCUUCAUCCCUUCCUCCCAUUCCUGGAAGCAUACCUCUCAACCAGCCAGGAUCCAAUAUACCCCACACCUUAUCGCAUGGCCAACCUCAGCCCACCCCACUUCCCAACCAGCCCCAAACAAACCUUGUAGAGGGUGAGACAGAUACCCUGCCUAAACCUGGCAUAGAUGAUAUAAAAACCCUCGAGGAGAAGUUGAGGUCACUGUUCAGUGAGCAUGGCGGUGCAGGGGCCCCUCAUGGACUUACCCCAUCAGAAACUCAAAUUGGCUUGGAUGGGACUCCCCUUCCAGGCCCCUCUUCAAGUAGUACAACUCAGACCAAGCCUGCAGCAUCCACUGGACCACCAACCAGUUUGCCUUUAGGGCCACCUGGGAUACCGGCCAUGAGUCAGAUUAUGACACCUGGACAAGCUGCUACACCUGUCACCUACGUGUCUGCGUCCGGAAACACUCUAGCCACACCCAAAGCUGCCACCCCACCCUCCAAACCACCUCUCAGUCGGGUGCCGGUGACCACGGCAGGGGCCGAACCCCUAUCAGGCAGUCUUCCUGGUGAACACCUGCCUCCUCCUCUUCCAGGACCUUCACUAACUCAGUCCCAGCAGCCUCUAGAAGACCUGGAUUUCCAGCUGAGAAGGACGUUGAGCCCUGACACUGUCUCUGUGCCCUCUGCACCAGUAUUUCCUGUGCAAAGUGUAACUUCUACCAGUGCAGCAGCAGCACCUGUCAGCUCAGCAUCACAGCCCUCGGUUUCAGAAUUAACAAAGGCCAGUGUUGGAGAGGCAGAGGCCGGCUUGAAUGUGCAAAAGAUGGGCAGGUUUCAGGUCUCAUUGGCUGCCGAGGGUGUGCUGAAGCAGAGCGAGGAGACAAAGCCAUCCAUCUCAGACUCUUCAUCCACCUCUUCUACAUCCUCCUCUUCCUCUGCAUGUAGUAGUCCAGAGAGCACCCUGACUAAGCAACAGACAAAACCCGCCGGCCCCUUAGAACUAGUGGAUGGUGUUGGUAUCCCCUUGGCACCUCCACAGAGCCUAUCCCCCAAGCAGUUGGUGAAAUUGGGGCGCUUCCAGGUUAGCACUGCCACCACCGCAGACAAAGUCGGUCGCUUUUCUGUGUCCCGAACACAAGAUGAUGUGUCUGCCGGGGUGUUGGAGACAGACUCCCAGAGGUCCUCUUCCCCUAAGACAGAGAAACAUCUGAAUGGACCAUCCUCACAACAAGAAUCCUCUGUUGCUCUCAGCGAUCCAGCCAGGGAGAUGCAGGAGGACAGUCUUGGGAGCCCCGUUUUGCAGCAUGCGCUUGGAUCAAAGCUCAGCUUGCAGAGCCUGAGCAAUUCCUUCAACUCGUCCUACAUGAGCAGCGAUAAUGAUUCAGAUAUCGAAGAUGAAGAUCUGAAGAAGGAACUGCGACGGCUACGAGACAAGCAUCUCAAGGAGAUUCAGGAGCUGCAAAGUCGACAGAAGCAGGAGAUUGAGCUUUUGUACACUGCAUUAGGAAAAGUCCCGCCUGCUGUCAUUAUCCCCCCUGCAGCACCCCUUUCUGGCCGACGCAGGAGACACACCAAGGGUAAAGGCAGCAAGUCCAGCCGAGGAAGCUCCCACAACAGUCGCAGCCCUCAUUUGUCAGGCGACUUGUCAACACAGAGUGCACCAUCUGCAUUGCCCCCACAGCCGGGCCUUCUGCUCCCGCCAAUCAGUGCGCCAGAGCAUCUUCUCAAACCCUCCCCUUCCAGUGACAUCCUCUGUUCGGCCUUUACUAGCGACGCUGCCCUUUCUGUGCCCAGCCUGUCCACACAGGGCCAAGGCUCUGCCAAGUUUAACUGUGCGUCAGAACGAGUCUCCUUCAAAAUGGCGGGCAGUAGGACGCGAUUUCUGAGUACGCCCUGCUUGGCUCUUUGGAAGAUGGUGAAAAAAGUCUGUCCUUGCAACCAGCUCUGUAGGACCAGCAGUACUAACACUGUGGCUCCAUCUGCUGCCCCGGCCCCCCAGUCCAACGCCCCCCCCGUGUCCUCCAGUCGCAAAGGAACCUUCACAGAUGACCUACACAAACUGGUCGACAACUGGGCCCGAGACGCCAUGAACCUGACUGGAAAAAAGACUUGCAAGGCCUCUGGACAUCCCAGCUAUGAGGGACCUGGCAUGGCCCGAAAGUUCUCUGCUCCUGGACAGCUGUGUGUCUCCAUGACUCAGUCCCUCGGGGGACCGGUCUCUCUCCCAGCAGCCUCUGCUACCUCUCUUGCUCACUACCCCAAAGGAAUGUGCCCCCCGCAACAAUAUGGAAUCCCCGGGACCCUGUUCCAAACUCACUGGAGCAGCGCUGGGGUCCCCCCUUCCUCUCAGCCUUUGGGCCAAUUCCACCCAGCAGUGACUUCUUCCUUACAGAACUUUGGUAUCAGCAGCUUGCAGAAAUCCAUCAGCAACCCCCAAGGAUCCAAUCUGCGGACUACCUAGUGGGAGGGGAUCCCUGGCAUGGAAUGCAAGAUUCGGGGGGAGCAAAGGAAGGGGUACCCCAAAUGUCACUGCAGUGGCUACUUCUAAAGCUCCGCCCUCAUCCUACAAUAACUCUGAUCUCUACAAAGCGCAACCCCUAGAGGUACAGCUGCCCCUCCCUGCCUUAAAGGGGAACCCACAUCAUACGGAUGAGCGUCUGCCCCCCUAAUCCCACGCGGAUCAACAUUGGGCGGCAGUUGAAUGGCAAGUGGGGGGGGGGCAGGGCGUAUAAUACGCGAGCACAGAUAUAGGUCAUUAACGCUUUAAUAUAGAGACAUAAUAACGGCUUUGACUGCAGCGUUACAAAUGUACGAAUUCAAGUAAAUCUAUAGAAAUAUAUUAAAGUUCUGCGAGAACAUUACACUGUGAUCUAUAUAUAUAUAUAUAUAUAUAUAUAUAUAUAUAUAUAUAUAUAUAUAUAUAUAGAUAUAUGUUGUUGGGCAACAGUAGUAAUUAUAAUAAAAGAGCAGAACGUUAGAGGGCGACACAAAAAACGACAUCGAACUUGAACACGACUCUCUCUAGUCGAAUAUUUUUUUUUUUAGUGCCUUGAAUGUUCUCUAGCGCGUGCGCUAUUUGCAUCCCCCCCCCCCCAAUAAACGCACUUGUGUAGUUACGCCCACCAGGCGCUGCUCGUUUGUCCUCUGGCAAUGAAAGUGUUGAGCUUUGGUUUCGUAUUGUGUUGCCGGGCAGUUUGCAGACUUAGGGCUUUUCAUGGAUCUCUGGAAACCCACGUUGCCCAAUCCAGUCCCUUUUGUCCCGAUUAAGUGUCGGACUGGGGUUCCUGCAAACCAUAGACCCACUCUCCAUCUGAUUCUUGAUUCUCUUCUCCAUAUACUCUUGUCACCUUCUCUCCGUUCUUCUUUUUGUAGCAUGAGCAGGAGAGUCCACCGGGAUUAUUGCAGGAAUCCCGGUAAGCAAGUCUGACACCGCUUUUCCUCUUACCCAGGAGAUCCACAGGGUUAUCAGACAGGGUGCAUCUGAUGCCAGCAGGGACAGGGGGUGCUUUGAAACACACAGGGACUUUGGUCGGAAGGUUAAUUCAGAGCUUUAACAGAAAGUGAUGGUGGUUCCGAAGGUGCAAUCCAUUUAGGAGUCGGUUCUGGAAGGUUUGUGUCUAUUUGAUAAGGGUUUUUUUGGGGAUUUUAAUGAUGUAUAAAGUUGUGAAGUUGCCUGGUUGAAGGAAAGAGCAGUUGGGGAUUUGGGGGGGCAUCGGUUUCCUGUAUCGGGUCAAUCUUUCUGAUUAGCCCCCUGUUUUUGUUUAUCUCUUCUUUUUUUCCUUUGUGUCUGGUGUCGAUUGCCAGCUCUAGUUUUCGGUCUCUAGGGAUAAGACACCCUACAGUAUUAACCCUAUGGCUUUGCACAGGGAUUUGGAGUUCAGUGCUCGUCCCCAUGCCUUUAACGCAGAUGGGGGGGGGGGGAAUUCUCAUUAGAAAAGCUGCCGAGUUUCUGCCCGAAAAUUGCAUCUUUCACCCCUUCCCUCUUGUGGCUUGCUUAAAAAACAUCUAAACCCCCCAAAACAAAUUGGUGCGAACAUAGUCAGGCUGCUUCUCUGCUAACGUUUGCAAUUUACAUUCAUUGUUUGUUUAUUUGGUGGUUCCCAAGAUAUUUGAAUUUUUAGACUGCUAAUACCAGGCCUUUUAGCUUGACUUCAAUUCAGCGACCCAAGGGUUAACAGAAUCCAGGAAGUACAUAGAAACAGAUUGACCGCUCGGGUCGCUGACACUCGGGGCCUCUGUUGCGCUGAAGCCUGGCUAGCAGUAUAAAACUGCUUAUAUCUCGGGAACCGCUUAAAAUACAACAUGUGUCUAAAUGGCAAAAGUACUCGGAGGAGCAGUCAAUAAAUAUAAACCGAUUCAUUACUGUGGGUUUAGUUGCCCUUUAAGAGCCCCGAAUCGAGUUUAAAGUUUCUUUAUCUCAAGAAUCAAUCCUUUUAUUCCCUCUUUGUGAUGUCACAGUUAGUUCUACUGUAAGCAAUAAAGUGAUUGGUUAAUUGGGAGCAAGGAUUGAUCUGCUAGUACCUCUCAUCUUUCCAAAAGCACUGGAACGUGAUAGGCUACCGUCCCACGAGAGCUGCUUUUAUCAGCGGAGCCGCCUUAGAGCUCGCGAGCAGCUGCAUUAGGCUGUAGCCAUGUUUGUAGGAGGAGCAAUGGGGGAGGGGCUAUAAUGUGAUGUUUCUGGGCUAUCGUUCAGAAAGGGGAGAUCCAAUGAGGGAUUUGCACAUUGUAAACCGCUGAUCGGUAUUUAUUUUACAUAUAUAUAUAUUUUAUAUACUUUUCUUGGGGGGCGGGGCAUAUAUCAAAGUUUGAGGUCUGUUUUCCUUUAAACCAGUGGCCCCAGCAGAAAGAUUUUUUUUGUUUGGUAUCUAAGGUGUUGUGCAUGCUCUGGAUUAUUUUCCACUGACCCCCCACAGAUAAAUGAGAAAACAUUUAAAAAAAAGAGGAAAAAGACAGAUUCCAAGACUAUAUAUAUAUACCAUGCUACUGAGCGCCGUAUUAACAGAUAUUUACACUUCUUUUGCAUUAUCUUCCCCCCCCCCAAUGAGCCUUUACCCAGAAAUCUCCUCUUUCCCUUAUGAUAUUUAACACUGUAUCCAAAUAAAGACAAAAAAAAAAAGAAUGUGGGAUUUCCCUGGAGCUGUGAAUUUUCUGUUUGCACUUUCUGUUCUGUAUCUUUCUGUACAAAUUUGCACUUUUUUCUCUUUUUAUUGCCUCUGUAGAUGGAUAUUAAAACCUAAUAAAUGAAGCCUUAUUUUA